CUUCUGAGUGCCUGUUUACAGGGCGAUUUGGAGGAAGUACGAAGUGCUUUGAGGAAAAGUGCGAAUAUCAACUGUGUUGACGUUAACAAGCGGACUCCGCUUCUGCUCGCAGUUAUGGAGAACCACGAAAAAAUUGUCCAACUUCUCCUGAAUAACAAGCCAGACGUUAAUGCUCAGAAUAUUGUGGGGCGUACAGCACUAAGUAUCACUGUGCAAGAAGGCUACGGACGUCUCGUUGAGCUGUUGCUUGGAAGCAAUGCCGAUGCCAGCUUGGCUGAUACUACAGGCUGGACC